AUGGUCGAGUGGUAUGAGCCGGACAGCUGGCUGACCAAGCUGUUCGACGCCCAUCUGAGCACCUUUCUGCUCACCCUAGUCGUCGCCUUUGGUCUGCCGCUACUGCUCCACUUGUGGCUAUACCGCCACCGGACGCCCAUCAACACCGCCGCAUUCGUGCUCGCUGGGCCCAGCGGCGCGGGCAAGACAUCUCUGCUCACAGCUCUCGAAACAGGCCGUCCCCUCGCCACGCACCCCUCGCAGACCUCGCACCGCAGCAUCCUCGCGCUGCCCGAAGCCUUCGUCCCCUUCAGCGCGCGCUACCGCAGCGUCAACGACCCGACCAACGUCCGCACGCGGCAGCUCUCGCUGACCGACACGCCCGGCCACGGCAAGCUGCGCGGCGGCGCCUUCGCCGCGGCCCUCGCCGCGCCCACGGCCAAGAACCUGCGCGGCGUCGUCUUCCUCGUCGACGCCGCCGCCCUCGCCUCGCCCGCCGGCCUGUCCGACGCCGCCGAGUUCCUGCACGACGUCCUGCUCACGCUGCAGAAGCGCUACACCAGCGCCAAGACGAGCAAGGCCACCGCCGUCACGCCCGUCCUGAUCGCCGCCAACAAGCUCGACCUGUUCACCGCGCUGCCGCCUCAGCUGGUGCGCGCGCACCUCGAGCAGGAGAUUGAGAAGGUACGGAUUGCUCGGGCCAAGGGCAUCCUAGACGUCGGCAUGAGUGAAGACAGCGUGGGCGAGGAUCACGAAUGGCUUGGUUUAGGUGGGGAGAGCAAAUUCGAGUUCAAGCAUAUGGAGGAGAUGAACGUGCCCGUGGAGGUGGUGGGAGGAAGCGUCAAGGGAGAAGAUGGUGAUGGCCCCGACGUCAAAGGCUGGUGGGAGUGGAUUGCUCAUCAGAUGUGA